UGAAAUUGGUAAUCUUCGUAAUCUUGAGAUUUUAAUGCUUGAUUAUAACAACCUUCUGGGCCCUGUCCCAGCUGCUAUUUUCAACAUCUCAACAAUGAAAUUCCUUUCGCUUAUAUACAAUAAACUCUCGGGAAUCCUUCCAUCUACUGCAGAGCUUCCAAAUCUUGAGCAGCUUUACUUGGGAGAUAAUAAUUUCAUUGGACCAUUUCCUGGUUUCAUUACAAAUGCCUCUAAGCUCUCUAUUAUAAACAUAGGAUUCAACUCAUUCUCAGGCUUUAUUCCAGAAGCAGUUGGUAACUUAAAAAAUCUUGAGUGGCUUUACUUAUCUUUUAAUGACUUGACAUCUUCUACUUCAGAUUUGAGUUUAAUUUUUCCUUUGACAAAUUGCAAGAAUUUAAGGCAUCUUGACGUAGAUGGAAAUCCACUAAAUAGCAUCCUUCCAAGUUCCAUAGGCAAUCUUUCAGUUUCUUUGGAAAGUAUAUACAUGAGUGAGAGCAACAUUAGUGGAAACAUUCCCAAAGAAAUCGGAAACUUAAGCAGCUUGGUAGAAAUACAACUACACGACAAUGAAUUGAUUGGCUCUAUUCCAGUUGCAAUUGAUGGGCUAAAGAAACUCCAAGGUUUGUCUCUUGAAAAUAAUAAUUUGGAAGGAUUCAUCCCGUACAGUCUUUGUCAUUUGAAUGAAUUGGUUGAGUUGCACUUGGAUGGUAACAAGUUCUAUGGGUCCAUACCUGCAUGCUUAGGCAAUCUUACUACACUUAGGAAAUUGUUUUUAGGUUUCAACAAAUUAACUUCUUUUAUACCCUCAAAUUUGUGGAACCUUAAAGAUAUCUUGUACUUUGAUUUGUCAUCAAAUUUUCUGAAUGGAUCUCUUCCAUUAGAGAUUGAGAAUCUUAAGGUUGCGAUAAACAUAGAUUUGUCAAGGAAUCUUAUUUCAGGAAGCAUUCCAAUUGCUAUUGGUAGCCUAGAGAAUCUACAAAACCUUUCCUUAGCAUUCAAUAGACUACAAGGCUCAAUUCCUGAAACAUUUGGUAAGUUGACAAGCUUAGAAUUCUUGGAUUUGUCAAGUAACAUUCUUUCUGGAUCGAUUCCUAAGUCUUUAGAGGCACUCAUUUACCUAAAAUAUCUAAAUUUAUCUUUCAACCAACUCAGCGGUGAAAUUCCUAAAGGAGGAUCUUUUGGAAAUUUCACAUCUGAGUCAUUUAUGGGAAACCUUGCAUUAUGUGGUUCUUCUAAACAGCAUGUUCCACCAUGCAAAACUACCACAUCUGGAAAGUCAAGUUCAAGAAAAGUUAUCUUGUUGAUUGCUUUGCCACUAAGCAUUACGUUGACAUUAGCUGUUUUUGUUAUUAUAAUUGUCUCGAUGAAAUGCGGAAAAAAGAGAACAAGGCCACCUACACAUGUUGAGAUGCAUCCACUACACACGUGGAGAAGAAUUUCUUAUGAAGAGAUAGUGAGAGCAACAAAUGGAUUUAGUGAGAACAACUUGCUUGGAAGAGGAAGUUAUGGUUCGGUUUUCAGAGGAAGAUUACAUGAUGGGAUGGAGGUUGCAGUAAAGAUAUUCAACUCGCAUUUUGAAAGUUUUGAAGUUGAAUGUGCAGUAAUGAGUAAUAUUCGUCAUCGAAAUCUUGUCAAAAUUAUCAGCAGCUGUUCAAAUUAUGAUUUCAAAUCUUUGAUUCUAGAGUACAUGCCCAACGGGAGCCUUGAGAAAUGCUUGUAUUCUGAUGAUAACGUUUUGGACAUUUCAAAUAGGUUAAACAUAAUGAUCGAUGUUGCAUCAGCUUUGGAAUAUCUCCAUUUUGGUUAUUCAGUUCCCGUAAUUCACUGUGACUUAAAGCCCAGCAAUGUCUUGCUAGAUGAAAAUAUGGUUGCACAUUUAAGUGAUUUUGGCAUUGCAAAGCUCUUGGGCGAAGAAGGCUCUAUGACACAAACACAGACCCUCGCCACCAUUGGUUAUAUGGCUCCAGAAUAUGGAAGAGAAGGAAAAAUAUCUAGACAAGGGGAUGUAUACAGCUAUGGUAUUAUGCUAAUGGAAACCUUUACAAGGAAGAAGCCAACAGAUGAAAUUUUUACAGAAGGAAUGACCUUAAGGAGUUGGGUUGGUGAAGCAUUAUGUAGCACAGUGAUGCAAGUCUUAGACACAAAUCUACUAAGAAGAGAUGAUGAACAUUUCUCUAGCAAGGAGGAAUGCAUGUCAUCUAUCUUGAGUUUGGCUAUGGAUUGUACAAGAGAAUCACCUCAGUACAGGAUUGACAUAAAAGAAGUAAUAACAAGACUCAUCAAAAUUAAAGUUGAAUUUGGAAAAGUCAGACAGAGAAGAGGCAGAAGGGUUUAAAAUUUAGAGAGAAAUGAAUGAGUUUGCUAGUGAGCUUCCUGCCCAUGAGUUGAACGGCCUGAGUUUCUGAGAAGCCUUGUGUAGUGAUGAAGCGGCUUUCAACUUCUUCCAAGACUUAGAUGACAACUUGUAUAUCAUAAUGAAAGAAGUGCUUGGAAUCAGCUGUUAAAUUUGAUCGACCUUUGUGUAUAAAAGACAUAGUAUAGAGGCUUUGUAGAAUUUUCCCAGUUUUAAUAAAGAUGAUUUUUUUUUUCCUUUUAUUAA